AUGGCUCCCCCGGCGCAGUCAGCCAUGAUGCCGGUCAUACCGCUGACCAAGGGCAGCGUUCUAUUCCCUGGCUCGGUCCUGCGCAUUCCCGUACCUUCGAGUCGAGGCGAUAUCCCGGCACUUCUCUCCGGCGUCUACACACGUGCUUCCAAGGGCUCGAGGCGCGUUGAUCAAAUCCCCGUUGUCUGUGUGCCUCUCAACUCGCCGUUGCUGAGUCGGCGGGGACAGCUCCUCAUCGCAAACGAUCCCGACAAGUACAACGACCUUCUCGCUGCCGAUUCGGCCAACAUCAAGAAGGAUAAGCUGUUUGGCUACGGAGUCACGGCCAAGAUUACAGGAAUACAAGGCCAGAAUGGCGGCGAGUUCAACCUUCUUGUUCAGGGCAUCAGCCGCGUUUCCGUGGAGAAAAUUACACAAGAACACCCCUUCUUUGAAGGCAAAGUGGCGGCUCACACUGACACCAUCCCUAUGCACGUCAUCCAAAGUACACACUACCAGGAACUCUUCUCUAGGCUCAAGCAACUGUCUAGAGAACUGAUAGCGUAUCUCAGGGUCUCUUCCCUGCUUGUGGCUUCGAGCUCAUCGGGACUGAACCCGUUACUCUCCAGAAGACUCGAACAGUUGAUUUCCUCCAAGGGCCCCCAAGAAGGAGGCUCUCUCGCGGAUUUCAUGAUGAAUCUAGUCGACGCGAGCUAUGAGGACAAGCUCCAAGUGCUUAGUGCCGUUGACAUACAGACUCGCAUGCAAAAGGUGAUUGAGUUGCUUGAGCGCCAGGUGGAUGAUAUCAAAGGAAACAUCAAGAUCACGACUGUUACUAGCACCCACAUACCCAUUCAAAUCGAAGACGACGAGCACGAGAAGAAUCCAAAAAAGAGCUCGUCUCGUAAGCCUCUCUUGGGUGUACCGCAAGGAGCAGGCUUCGACUUGGGCAACCUGUUUGGCGGCGGCGGGCCCAAGGGAGGUCCGCAGCCCGACUCUGAUGACAUGCAAGAAUUGGCAAAAAAGAUCGAGGCCGCCAAAAUGCCGCCAGAGGCUGCGAAAGUCGCAGAAAGAGAGCUGGGUCGGUUGAAACAAAUGAUGCCUGCGCAAGCCGAGUACCAAGUGAUCCGCACCUACCUCGAAACCCUGGCUGAAAUCCCUUGGUCUAUAAUGACUGAUGAUCCUAUCGGCGUUGGCACUUUGGAGAAGGCAAGACAACAACUCGACAACGACCAUUACGGUAUUGAAAAGGUCAAGAAGCGAUUGUUGUCAUACUUGACCAUUGUCAGACUGAUGCAGUCUGCCAAUGAGAAGGUCGACGAGCAGAUCAAGCAAGCCGAGCAAGAAACUGUCGACCUAGAGUCAAGCAAAGGCGAGGCCGAGGAAGGGGUACAGCUUGACCCACAACUCGAGGAAAAGAUCAAGGCGAGCGGCAUCAAGGUCCAAAUGCUUCAGAACAAGAUCAGGACUGAAAAGGCUCCCAUUCUGCUCCUCAUUGGUCCACCGGGCACUGGUAAAACUAGCAUUGCUAGAUCGAUUGCCACCGCGUUGGGUCGCAAAUUCCACCGGAUCUCGCUUGGUGGUGUACGUGAUGAGGCAGAGAUUCGGGGCCACCGCAGGACAUACGUUGCGGCAAUGCCUGGACUCAUUGUGCAAGGCCUGCGCAAGGUUGGAGUUGCGAAUCCAGUCUUCUUGUUGGACGAGAUUGACAAGCUGGGCAUGGCCAAUCACAAUGGUGAUCCAUCGGCUGCCAUGCUAGAGGUUUUGGAUCCGGAGCAGAACCACGCCUUCAGCGAUCACUACGUAAAUGUUCCGAUUGACUUGAGCAAGGUGCUCUUCAUUGCCACUGCCAACUCCAUGGACACAAUACCCGGCCCCUUGUUGGAUCGCAUGGAGACUCUUGAGUUCUCCGGAUAUACAACCUUGGAGAAGAGACAUAUUGCUUUGCAACACCUUGUACCAAAGCAGAUUCGUGUCAAUGGUCUGACCGAAGAUCAGGUCAUCUUCAGCGAAGAGGUCGUGUCCAAAAUCAUUGAGUCAUACACACGUGAGUCAGGAGUACGAAACCUGGAAAGGGAGAUAGGCUCUGUUUGUCGUGCAAAGGCAGUGGAAUUUGUCGAAGCAAACGACAAGCGCAAGCCUGAGACAUACCGUGCCGAGGUGACUGUGGCAGACCUGGAAUCCAUUUUGGGUAUAGAACGCUUCGAGGACGAGAUUGCCGAGAAGAACUGCCAACCAGGCAUCGUUACCGGCCUUGUAGCGUACAGCUCUGGUGGGAAUGGCGGCAUCUUGUUCAUCGAGGUACUCGACAUGCCUGGUGACGGCAGUGUAGAGUUGACGGGUAACCUGGGCGAGGUGCUGAAGGAAAGUGUCAAAGUAGCAAGGAGUUGGGUGCGACAUCAUGCAUAUGAGCUGGGUCUCACCCAAGAUCCGUCGGAGAAUAUCAUGAAGAACCGGAGCCUCCAUGUACACUGCCCAUCUGGCGCGGUGCCCAAGGAUGGUCCAUCAAGCGGAAUGGCGCAAGCCAUUGCCUUGAUCUCACUAUUGUCAGGUCGACCAGUGCCAUCCACUAUGGCAAUGACUGGUGAAUUCCAACUGUCUGGCCAUGUCAAACGGGUCGGUGGAAUCAAGGAAAAGCUCAUUGGAGCCUACCGCGCAGGUGUAAAGACUGUUCUGCUCCCAGCACAAAACGAAAAGGAUGCCAGGGAGGUGCCCUCGGAAGUAAAGGAGGGAUUGAAAAUCAUUUACGUCAAUCACGUAUGGGACGCUAUACGUCAGGUAUGGCCCGAGGUUCAGUGGCCACAGGAGACAGCGUUUGCAGGUAUACAGCCGCGCUUGUAG